AUGACACUCGAAAAGGAUAUGGUAUCAGCUGGUGAAAAAAUGGCAGAGCACUCGCAUCUGAUCUGGGCGAAAAAGGUAUGGAAUGACCUGAAUACAAAGGGCGGAUUCCUCCCCACCAUCUUGGUACCGUGGGAUUUGCUGACGGACUUUGAGAGACGUAAGGAUCGUUUCCGAGCUACUGAGAUCCUGAAGUUCGUGCAGUAUCAUGGAUAUCACGUUGAAAGCCCGAAAACGGAGCAGAGUCUAGACAGGGCGAAAAGCGAGGGUGAACGAUCAUCAGUCGAAAAGAGGACUUUGGUGAAGACGAACUCGGACAUCAUCCGUACAUCUCUAUUGACAUUCUUCAACAAUUGUGCUGACGAUCUGUUUGCAGGCCGUGAAAGAGCUAAAGGACAACGGUCAGUACUCACUCAUCCGAGGUCAAAAUCUGAGGUCAUGGAUCUCCCUGGAGUUUGCUCACCAGAUGAUCAUACCAUGGAUGACAUCCAAGCAGCUGGGUACAAAAUCCUCGACUCGCUUUACAUGGUUACUGGACUGGCUUCAACAGCAGCUCAGAGAAAAUCCAUCGGCUAUGAAACGGACAAACAUCGUCCUGGCCUUGGUCAAUGUCUGUCGGCUUUUGCGUCCUGUUUCCCAGUGGCGUUCCUCGAGCCCGAGUAUAACAAAAAUAACAAAUACUCUGUACUGGCGAAGACGCAGGAUCAGUCCGUUCAAGUGCAAGUGGAUGACAUCCAAGCAGCUGGGUACAAAAUCCUCGACUCGCUUUACAUGGUUACUGGACUGGCUUCAACAGCAGCUCAGAGAAAAUCCAUCGGCUAUGAAACGGACAAACAUCGUCCUGGCCUUGGUCAAUGUCUGUCGGCUUUUGCGUCCUGUUUCCCAGUGGCGUUCCUCGAGCCCGAGUAUAACAAAAAUAACAAAUACUCUGUACUGGCUAAGACGCAGGAUCAGUCCGUUCAAGUGCAAGAAAUGCUACAGAAUCUGUCCACUCACAUUCCUCACAUUGAAAAAUUACUCACCGCUAUCGAACAGGUAUCCAGCAACGGCAUAACGUACGCCGAGCAGCCAAACGUCUACGAUGUGGACUUACCACUGAUGUGCUCAUACUUGGCGUACUGGUUCAACCAAGGCCCAGAUGGUCGUAAACCAGAAAAAACCGAGGAGAAGGAGCAUAAGCAAUCGCUGCCGAUGACUUCGGUCAGUGCGGAGCACAUCAAUCGGAUUUUCUGCGCUCUUCUACGCAUGCUACGAAACCAUAUUGGUGUUGAAAACGCCCCAUGGCUGUGUCGUACAAACUUCUUUGCUGUGCAAAUCAUCCAGAAUGUCACCUGUGAUCCAGUGAAGGACUAUAUUCUGCCAAUUGCCGAACGACUGAGAAGAAUGAGUGAAAAGGCGUUCAAGGAGGAGGAGCACAUGCGAACACAUCCUGAUAGACGCUGA